AAAUAGGUGCCCGUAGUUGACACAAAAUGCAAAGAAGCAGUACCAUACAAUUUUGUAGUAAACAAAUAUAAUGUACACAGAAAAUGUUAUAAACAGUAUUUGGAAUAUUCCACCAGUGUUCAGUAUUCACCAGUUCUCUUAGACAGUGUUGCCAACUCUCAUGAUGAUUUUGAGUGACUGGAUUUUGGCGGGGGCUAGAGCCCAUCUGACAAUGGCAUGAGACACUCCAGACCCCAGGAGAAUUUGAGUCAUGCUGGGGAGGAAACCCCCUCUGAAUGGCUGCCUGCCCUACUUUCCAGCUUUCUGGGCCAAAGCAACCAAUCAGCAGCUACAGGCAGAGCUCUCUUUCUCUCCUCAGCAACCUGACACCAUUCUCAUGGGGCGAGGGGGAGCAGAACAGCUCCUCUGCCUCCCCCCAUCCCCCAUGAGCAACAGGGAUGGGAUGGCGCUUCCGCUCCUCCCACCUUGUAACACCCAGCCUUUAAAGGGGAGUGAGGGACCCUGCUGCAUCACCCAGGCCUGGUAGGCUGCGGGUAGAGGGGUGAAGAGCCUAGGAGGAGCAGAGGUGAGGCUGGGGGACAAACCCGAACCAGUGACUGCAGAGACAGGAUUGUUUGCUGGGCAGAAAAUGGACAGAUGUGGGGGUGAGAGCUUCUGCAGCGGGGGCCAAAAUCACCUUAACCCAAUAAGUACUUCCUGCAACACCCCUGCUAUUCCCAUUCACCUCAAUCCUGAUUUCCAACAAACCCUCUCUUUUGUCUUUUUAACUCUCGCUGUGCUCUGUCCAUACAUCUCCUUCAAGAUUGACACUACACUCGGCUAUUCCAGCCCAUGUUUCUCCCCUGUAGACACUCAUGUAGAAUUAUGGAGUGUUGGGACCGUGUUGGAGACCUUCAGAAUAAUAUUCCUUCUUAUCAACUGGCAGAUUGAAAAUUAUCCCCCAACAUGCAUCUGCUCAUGUGACAUCUAACCUUUCCCUUUCCCAAUAUCCCAUCUUUUGGUUCUCCUUUAUUUGUAGCCAGAUGAACACAGAUACACAACUGCAUUUACCUUUAAAUUUCCAUGAGUGCACAUGAAAGAUCAUCCCUAUUAGCUGCCAAUACUUGUUUUUCUGAAUGACACAGCAGCAGUAGUCAUCAAUAUAUCCAGUUUCAGUGGGAAUUUCUCAUAGCUCUCUGCAGAAGGCAAUGUAUUGGUAUCACAGAGGGGCAGAGCCUAAUUAUAUAACUUACAGUAGAUGACGGUCUGGUACGUCCCUAAAGGGAGUAUAAAAAAGGAAGUUCAGAACUGAAUGCCUUCUGUUGUCUGCUCAUCUGGUUGAUCUCACAGCUGAGAUGAUAUUCACAUGCAUUUUCUUCUCUUGGAUCUGGGCAAUGGCAGCAGGCUCACUGCAGGUACUUCAUAGGAAGGUCCAAUCGUCCAAGACCGGAGAAAAGGUUACUUUACAAUGCCAGCUUGUCAUGGACCAUGAAGUGCUGCAAGUCACCUGGCAGAAGGAAAGUGGAGAAGGCAAAGGCAACAUAGCAACCUACAGCAGGAUUAACGGCCACAGAAUCCUGGGUAACUAUAGCAGCCGUGUGAACUUCACCCAGAGCGAGCUGACGGUCUCUGCCAUUACUGUUCAUGCAGUCACCCUGCAGGACGAAGGCUGUUACAAAUGUAUCUUCAACACAUUUCCCAUGGGAUCCAUCACAGGCAGGACAUGCCUCAAGGUUUACGCAAUAUCCGAGCCCAGCCUGGAGGCCAAGCUUGUGUCCAGUCCAGAAAAUGGUGAGGAGAAGGUGCUGGAAAUAAGCUGCUCAGUAACAGGGAAACCAGCUCCAGUGAUCAGCUGGAACCUGUCCCAUCACCUUCAGAAGGAGCCAGGACAGUAUCUCAUCAAUCACUCAGACCAGACUGUGACUGUUAUCAGCAAUUUCACACAUGUCCCCUCCAGGAUUCACUGGGAGAACCCAGCUGGCUGUGUGAUCCAGCAUCCGCUCCUAAACGUGACGCUGACUCUGUCCAAGGAUGGGCAGGUCCAAGGCCAAUCAGCAACAGUGGACACUGUAACAAUCUACGUCUUGUUUGCUUUGAUUCCCUUGGGGCUCUUGUGCAUCUGCUUCUGCAUCUUGUUCAUCUGCUGGAAGCGACACCACCAAAUGGAUAGAAACAAAGCUGACCUAUGUUGGGUUCUUCCCAUAUGCACCAAGGACAUGAGGCAUGGACAGGGCACAAAAAAUGAUAAACAAGGCCCUGACAAGCUUCCUCCCUUAAAAGCCCUCUUGGACAGAUGAACGCCUGGUAUUGGAAGAACUUUGCCUAACAAUGGUGAAAUGAAAACAGUGCUGGAUUUGGAUGCGUGAAACUGAUGUCUAGCUGUACUUGUAACAUCUCAGACUGAAUCACAUUACGUGCAACUUGCCAUGUUUUAUACAAAAAAAAAAAAACCCCACAAAAUAUUUUGUAAUAUCUAUUUAUGUUUGAAUAAAUGAGCCAAUAAGGGUAGUUGUAUAUAGAAUG